AUAACCCAUAAUACAUUUUGUUAGGUCAUUUGUUCCUCGACAACAAAGCAACAAACCAUGACCACUAACCCUCUCUUCUACUUGCAACUCCUCCUCUUUCUAAUAAAUCUCCGGCCGUCGUCUUCCUCGCCGGAAUCCUUCGUCUACGUCGGCUGCUCCCAGCUCAAGUACAGCUCCGGCAGUCCGUACGAAUCGAACCUCAACUCCAUCCUAGCUUCCUUCGUAAACUCCGCCUCCAUUGCCGCCUUCAAUUCCUUCAAAAUCUCCUCGCCGGGAUCUACCGCCGCCGUCUACGGCCUCUACCAGUGCCGCGGCGACCUCGCCGCCGCCGACUGCCACCGCUGCGUCGCCAGCGCCGUCUCUAGAAUCGGCGCCUUCUGCGCCGGCACCUCCGGCGGCGCGCUGCAGCUCGACGGCUGCUUCAUUAAGUACGACAACGAGUCGUUCGUCGGCACCGUCGACAAGGCUGUGGUGUCGGAGAAGUGCGGGGCGGCGACGGCGGCGGGGUACGGCGGCUCCGACGACGUGCUGACGCGGCGGGACGCGGUGCUGGCAUACCUGAAGGACGGCGGCGGGCAGUACUUUCGGGUAGGGGGGUCCGGGAAGGUCCAGGGGAUGGUGCAGUGCGUGCAGGAUCUGAGCUUGGGGGAGUGCCAGGAGUGUCUGUCGGAGGCCGUACAGCGCCUGAAAAGCGACUGCGCGGCGGCGCCGUCGGGGGAUAUGUUUUUGGGUAAGUGCUACGCCCGCUACUCCGACCAUGGGUACUCGUCGGAGGGCGGCGGGCGGCGGCGGGGCUGGCCGGGGAAGAUCGCCGUCGUGGCGGGUUUGGGGUGGUUAAUUUGGGUGUUGAGACAAUAAUAAUGUUUUAAAUGUUAGUUUAAUUUGUUAAGUGCUUUUGGAAUGUAUUA